AUAAACAGAGGCGAUUCGGCCAGUCAUUGAAAACGUUCAUUGUUGCCAAUUUCGUCGCGGUCGUGCGUCGUGCGUUGUGCGUCGUGCGUCCUGCGCGAGCAUGCGGAGCGUCUAUCCUUCUCCGUUCCGUCUCGCGAAACGGGGCGCGAGGCGCGAGGCGCGAGUAUUUAGCUGGCGAGCAUAGUUCCGCGACUAGUCAGUGCUAGCGAGUCGCUUGAGGUGAUUGAACGCGUGAUGUACUACCGUUAGAACGAGGGAGAACGGAGCACCGGGAGAACGAGAGAGACGCGCACUUUUACUUUCCUUCGCGCGGGUACGGAACUCGGCGGAUAGGAGUGUCCGUACAUAUCCGCUGCACGAUCGGCGAUCCCGCGAGGGAAAAAGUCCCGGAGAGUCCUGGAGUCCCUCUCUCGUACUCCCGAUUCCAGCCGCUUGAGCAGUCUCGCGAUCAUGUGGAAACCCUUCGAGGCUGGCAGCUCGCCCAUCGAUUGGUGCGAACGCAACUACAACAUCUCGCCCAGCAUCGCGGAAUUCAUGAACACGUUGAGCAAUGUAGUCUUCGUGUUGCUUCCACCUGUGCUCAUGCACCUGUUUAGAGACUAUGCACGCUUUGUGAAUCCAGGAAUUCACGUAGUCUGGUUCUUACUGAUGAUAGUUGGACUUACAAGCGCGUAUUUCCAUGCCACUUUAUCCCUGAUAGGUCAACUAUUAGAUGAAUUGUCUAUUUUGUGGGUGUAUAUGGCAGGCUUCUGUAUGUUCUUUCCCAGAAGAUAUUUCCCCAAUGUCGUACAUAACGACAGAAAGCUCUUCUCUAUAUGCGCAACGUUGCCCACUCUAAUCGCCACCGGCUUGGCCUUGAUACAUCCGGCCGUAAAUGCUUUCGCAUUGAUGAGCUUGGGCAUACCGGCGAUUGGAUUCUUGAUCCUAGAACUGAAGAGGACUACCUCGAUAAGGGUGUAUAGACUGGGCUUGCGAUGCGGCGUCAUGUGGAUACUGGCGGUAACCUGCUGGCUGAAUGAUCGUCUGUUCUGCGAUACCUGGCUGAAUUUGAACUUCCCGUAUCUCCACGCGUUGUGGCAUUUGUUCAUCUUUAUAGCAAGCUACACCGCGGCGGUGCUGUUUGCAUAUUUCGCUGUGCAAGAUGAGAAACCGCAACAGUUACCAGUGCUCAGGUAUUGGCCUAGGGAUGAUUUUGAGCUCGGUAUACCGUAUGUAACUAUUAGAAGUUACACGAGUGCUGGCUACAAUAUGAAUAUAUAGCUCUCGUAAUAGUUAUUUGUGAUCAUUAAUAUAAUCGUAAAUACAUUAUUUAUUACGACUAUAUCUAUAUAGUCGCCGGAAAGAGCAAUUUUACUAUAAUUAAAAAUUUAAUACAGGUCAGAAGAAAAAUUUAUGUUGAACGAUUAAAAUAAUUAUGUAGAAUAUCUUGAGAUAUUACUGUAAACUGUUUUGAUAUUUCAUUUUUACAACAUAAUUAUUUUUAGAUCUGUAUUUCAGCAAAAUUAUUUUUUCCAUGGCAGUAUUUGGAUUUUAUGCAAUAUUCAGCGUUUAACUUUAAAAUAUGCAGAUGUAUGAUGUGAUGUGGAUGUUGCGUCAUUUAUAUAGAUAUUAAUUAUAUCAUAUAUCUUAACUCGUUUUAAAGAACUGAUAAAGAACUGAAUGAUAAAGUUAUUAAAGAGAAUUAAAUUGUAUAUUUUAACCAAAUGAAAAAAUACAUAAGUGGCACUGAAUACUUAACAUAAAGAUGUGAUAAUUUCGGAAAUCACUAAAUGAGCAUAUGUAAUAUUUGAUUUGAGAUAUUUUAAUUUAUCACUAAAUAUUUAUCUAUUUAAUAUAGAAUUAAAAAUGUAAAUGACUAACGGAUAAAUUACAUGACUCAUGGGUAAUCUAAUAUUUCUACUUGACAAUUAACUUUCUUUCGAUUUACUUUUCUUUUCCUUCCUAAUACAUUAGUAUUUAAAAUGUGAAAAAAAAAAAUUAAAUUUAAAUUUAAAACAGAUCUUGCAAAAAGGGGGGUAUAUAAUUAGGUUUAUAAUAAAUAUUUUUAUUUUGUUAUAGACGAUGUAAUAAUAAGUUAUGUACAUAAUCGAAAGCAGUGUAUAGAUAAAAACGAAAUGAUUAAUUCCUCAUGCGAAUAGAGAUUAUAAAAAAUCGCAAAUAUUUAUAAUAUGAUUACACAUGUACAUUAGCGAAUUAAAAAUUAUUUAUAAAAUGAUUAUAUUGUGAUAUGUGUACUCUUGUUAACUUUUUUACAAAGAACUAUUUUAUAAAUGUAUUUUAAUGAAUCGUUACUAAGAAUCAUACGCGUGCGUGUGUACUUUAUAUUUUAAGUACCGGAAAUUCACAAAGACAUAGCAUAGAGGUAUAAUUAUUAGCAUCCUACUAAAACCAAUUAAUUUUAAUUAGGGUAGAAUCUCAAGAUUCUAAUAAAUGUUUUAGAUGAGACUAUAUAUGUAUGUGCAAUAAGGAAAAAGAUAUUACGGGUGAAUCAUUUAAUUCUUUGCCAUAUCAUAGCUAUAUCUUUGUACUAUAGCUUUGUACUAGAUUGUAACUAUAGCUCUGAUUUAAUGAAAAUGGCGACUGGAAUAUUAAAUUUUCUAUAUUACUCACAUGUAAUGCAUAAUUUGUAUAUAUUAUUUUCGAUUGUUUUAAUAUAAAAUAUACAAUUAUUAAUAUAAAAUUAUAUUUUACAAUUAUACAAUCAUGUAAUUGUAUACAUUGUUAUACAAAUGUAAUAAAAA